AUUCGUUAACGAUUGAUGAUUGGCGCUUUCUACUUGAAGGCGGGACUACAUUCGCUCGUACUGAGCGUUGCAUUUUCCUUAUGAUUUUCCCCCAUUCAUUUUUAAACAAUUGUUAGUCGAAAUUCUUUGUUUCUGGUCUACUGCUUUAAAAAACCUACACAUAUACUGCAAAAAAUUAAAUAUCACAAAAAUUGAUUUCUCAUUUAUUACACCGUUAGGAUAUUUUACACAACAUUUGAUCAACUGAAGGCUAAUCAAAUUAAACGUGCUACGUAAUAAUGAGGUCACGUGACAAUGAUGGGCAUGCACCUGUCGUACCCACAUAACGUUACUUAGAAUUUAAUAUGUAAAACACAGGAUAUUAAAAUAAAGAGCUGACCUCCCAACCAGCAGAAUACGGUAAACAAUGUUUGUGAAUAUUUAUCCAUGCAAUGAUUCAUAGAUAUUUAUGAUUGACGAAUCUGCGUAAAGUGCGCGUGCAGCAAGGUUUAGCAUAACGUGUGUAAACAAGACUGCGAAAUUAUUCAAAUUUACCGCGUUGGUGUCGUUUGCCAACGCCAGCGAACAAUGUUUUCCACAAGAGAGAAUCGAUGUCAUCGCUUCCAGGCCAACAUCUUCAACAAAAGUAAAUGUCAAAACUGUUUCAAAACCGUGGAUUCGCACAAACUCAGCGAGGCAGACCUAUAUCAGAGCAAGCCUCUUCAGGUGGGAUGGCUUCUGUUGGCACCUGAAGGUAUUGACUUAAGCAGUCCUGGCCACAGGAAACGGAAAUGGCAGAGGAGAUAUUUUGUGCUGUACGAACACGGCCUCCUGCGCUACUCUCUGGAUGAGAUGCCAGGUACGCUGCCCCAAGGGAGUGUGAAUAUGACCCGGUGUUGUGAAGUUCUUGAUGCUUCAUCUCAAACAGGUUUCCAGAACUGUUUGAGGUUAUGCUUCUCUGAAAGAGACUUCUACAUUAAAACAGAAAACACAGACAGCAUCUACAGGUGGCAGGAAAAUUUGACCGUUUUCCCCAAAGCUGCCAAAGGAAAUCAGAGGAAAAGAAAAGAUCUUAAUAAUCCGCAGCAGACAGAAGAACAGCAAAUAUCCAGCAGCUCUGCAAAAAAAGUCUUUAGUAGUGGAAGUAGUUUUAAAAGCACUUUAAUACGAAGGGGAAGUCUCAAUUCUAGUAAUGUCACUGGUAGUAGAGUAUCCCAAAUUAGUGAUGCAUUGACCAACGCUGCCACCAGCAAAGGCAGUACAGUUGGUGGUGGCAGGGUCAGAAGCGGCAGUACUGCAGGGGUCGGUAAUAAAAGCAGAGCUGGUAGCACGGUGGAUGGAGUGUCUUUAUGUUCCUCUGAUAAGAAGCUGGAGGAGGAGUCACUCAAUGGUGGAGUCAUGGUUUCUUCAAGCAGUGGUAAUGCUCCAUCACUCAACAACGUCUUCUCUCCAUCAGUCGAUCAGUUGCUGGAGUGUUCUGGUGCUGACGGUACUAUGAAUCGAUUGGGCAUUGAAAGCGGCUAUUCCUCUCUGGAGAAGACAAGUGCUCUUGUUGGGGAUGCACAAAAACACACUGACUCCAGGUGUGACUUUGCCUCAGUCUGUUCACCUGCCUCACAGCUCUGUAUGUUUCCUAACUCUCAAUAUUUUAGCUCCUCCCCCUUUCCUUCACCAACCAGUCACAGUGCAAAGUUUAGUGACGGUCCUGGGCUUGCGGUUAGUUGCUUUAGGGAUAAGAAGAGUUUGGAGUCCAGUGGGGAGAGAAACACACCCAUGACACACACAUCAAGAACACACACACACAGACAUAAUACACAUCAAGCACGCAGCCCAGGAAGAAAAAUACACCGACAUCAGCACAGGAGAUCUCGGGCCUCUGAUCAACAGGAGAGUUCAUUUCUCUCUGUGGAUGCCGAGCUCGUAUCGACCUUCAUGUCCCCCUCCACCCCACAAAAUGAACAUAAGACAGCAGGCAGUACAUCUCAGGAUUCAUCUCCUGAUAAUGACAUCCCUGAUGUUUCUCGACCUUCCACGUCAUGCAGCUUUCGUUCCAAAUCACUGGACCGCAGACUUGAUUCCACUCCCACUCCUGACCUCCUUAAUUUUAAAAAGGGAUGGAUGUCUAGACUGGGAGAAGAUGGGAAGUGGCGAAAACAUUGGUUUGUUCUUACUGACCAGACCUUGAGAUUUUAUCGUGAUGCUGUAGCAGAAGAGGCAGCAGAUGUGGAUGGUGAGAUCAACCUGUCAACCUGUUAUGAUGUUACAGAUUACCCUGUACAGAGAAACUAUGGCUUUCAGAUUCAUACAAAAGAUGGGGUCUUUACUCUUUGUGCAAUGACUUACGGGAUAAGGAGGAACUGGGUCCAGGCAGUCAUGAAAAAUGUUCGACCUAUUGUUGCCCCAGAUGUCACAUGGAAACAAUCUGUAAAACCCAGUUCUGUUCCUCAAAAGGUGAUUGGUUCACAUUCUUGUACAGGCUCCUCUCAAUAUAAUACACUUCCCCAAGAAGAGGAGAAAAGAAGUCGCGUUCGUGAGCGUCGUAAAGAGGGGCGUUACAAAACCUUUGAUUGGGCAGAGUUAAGAUGUAAACAGCAAAAGGAGGAGAUGUCCAAUGACCUAUCAGAAAGGGAAUGGAACCACAAUUGUGAGCACCGGGUUCCUCCUGCACCUGCAUCGUCCCCUGAAAGGCCAAUCAUCCGAUUUGAAUCCGAGUCAUCAGACAAAGAAUGUCCUCUGAAGUCAAGCCUUUAUCAAGGCCUAAAAAACAUUUCCACUGAUGUACCAUCACACUCAGUGAUGAUGGUGUCCAAUCUUAUUUCCCCAGGAUCAAUUAGUCCGGACAGCUUGGAGGUUCAUUGUGACAGCCCUGGGGAACUGCUGGUAAAUAAACCUAAAGAAAGAAAACAGGUUGAUCAGUCCACUUCUCCCUUGCCAGUCAACUUAUCUUCAUCCUCAGUGCAGACAGAAUGGCAGUGGGAGGUGGAACUUCAGAGCCUUCAUAAAGAGUUGAAAGCUGAGCAUGAGAGGAAUCAAACACAAGAGAAGGAAUCUCAACUUUGUGAGACCAGACUCCAAUCUGAGCUUAACAAUACCCAAGACUGCCUGCGUAAGGCAGAAUUAAGGAUACAAGAGGCAGAAACUUUACUAAAGGAGCGUGAAGAGGUGCUUGAAGAUCUGCGUGAAAGAUUGGAGGAGGUGACGGGCUGUCUGAAGGCAACAGAGGAGGCACAAGCCUUGAAGGAGGUUCGGCUGGAGAGGCACCUACGUCUCCUGCAAGAGAGCCAGGAAAGGGAAAGAAGGAGCUUUAGUGACAGCCUCGAUCAAUCAGAAAAGCGUUUAAAAGAACUAGAGGAGUGCCUGAGGCAGAAGGAAGCUGAGUUGCAAAAGAGGCCAAUAGGAGAAGCAACUGAAGAUGUUAUACAAAGAUGUCAGGAGCUCCAGAAUCAGCUGGAAGAGUCUGAAAAUGAAGUCGGACGCCUGCAGUCACGUCUUCAAAAUGAGGAGACUCUUUAUUACGACAUAGAACACAAUUACGAACGAGUUUGUGAGGAGAUACAGAGUUUGCAAGGUGCUUUGCAAGACUGUGAGAGGUUGUGUGAGGAGCGUUUCCAAACCCAACUGGAGCGCAAGCAGGAAGAGCUGGACAAGAAGGAGCGUGAACUGCAGGAAGUACUUGUUAAGAUGGCUGUUCUUGGUAGUAGUCUAGAGGAGACAGAACGUAGGCUUAUGGACGCUCAAACUCAUCCUCCAGAAGCUAGCAUUUCUACUGAGACACUGACUGAACCGCAAUGUCUAUUCAAGGUCUCAAAUGUCAGACAGAAAGUGAAAGGUAAAAGUGGUUCAGAAACGCAGCCUUUUACCAAGGGAGAUGAAUCUGAUCGAGUGAUCUCUGUGAUCCAGGCGCUAGAACUCAAAUUAUGUGACACUGAAGAUCGACUACGGGAGCUUACCAUGCAUCUACAGCAACAACAACUCAAUGCAGGGCCACACACUCUCAAUGAUUCUUAUUGUGCACAUACUUCUAUCCAAAAUCUGGAUGGCCGACUCUUUGUAAAUGCUCUGGAGAGUUGUACUGAUGAUUUAAAUAGCUUGCAUGGGAAAGCUCUGCACAGAACCUCUGACAAUGAAGACAAUGAAGGGCAGUGGUUGGUUUGUGAGAGACCGGUAAACAAUCAAGCUUUGGACAUGGCCAGCAGAGUGUUAUCGUUGGAGGCACUGGUCAUCCAAAGGAUGGCCUCUGCCCUUGAGCAUCCCAGCAGAGAACUGCUUUCAGAUCUACGUCUCCAUGUGCUUAAUAUGGCUCAAGGAGGUGGGGAUGGUGAUGAAUCUAGGUAUUUUCAGACCUUGUUGUAUUCUGAAGAGGAAGAUCAGACAGACAAUACACUGAGUGAAAGUGUGAUCCAAAGAUUAUGUGUGAGAGCAGAAAUGGCAUACCUCAUGCAUACUUGCCAUACACAAACCUCACAGGGGCAACCGGGAUCAGAGCCAUUUAAUUUGUUUCCUUGGCCAGUUUCAAAUAGUUCUUCAUCUGGCUCCCAAAAGGAAAUUGUUUCCAAGCAUGAACCCAAGCUUGCUGAUAUUAGCCCACCAGAACUUGCUCCUUACAGUGAACAGAUGGAAGAACUUGCAGACAAUGUUCUCCUUGAGGACUCCGAGGUACAGCUUGCCUGUAGAAAGAACCUGGUGGCAGAGCUUCGUGCUCAAGCCCAGUCGCUGCAAGAACUUUCUACACAUCUACAGUCUGACGAUAAAGAAGCUGAACUUUCCACAGGCAUCCUGAGGGUUGCUCUGUGUCAGGCCACUUUGGCAUAUAUGGCUUGUCGACUGCGUUCAGCUGUGCAGCAGGAGAUGAGGGCUCUACGCAAACAGAGAGAACAGGCGGAGUACGAGUCCCGUGCCAUGUGUCGCAGCAUGGAGGUCCUGUUUCAGGAACAGACUGAGCGCUACGAGGAGAAGUUGCGUGAGGGGCGUGUUUUUGUAGAGAAGGCAGAGCAGGGGCGUGUUUCUGCCGAGACCGAUGCCCAGUUGAGAGUGGACGAAGCUGAAAAAUUGCAGGUGGAGUUUGAGGAGAAGCUACAGGAGCUCCAGAAAAUCCACGAGGAGGAGAUGAGCCGUCUCCAUAAAUACUACAUUCAUAAUAUGCCAAAGACUACAACCGUCUCUGUACAAGCAGAGAAUGGAGAGACUGAGCAGGUUACUGUUCUCAAAGGCCGAAUCAAAAAGCUUCAAAGUGAGAAUACCUGCCUGAGGGAGGAGCUUAACAAGCAGGAUGACAAGACCUUACAGAUAGACCUGGAAAACAUUAAGGCCACAUACGAGCAUGGAUUUAGCAUUAUGGAGGAGAGCCACCAGCGAGUGAUUGAAGAGAUGCAGAGGCAGCAUCAAAGAGAAAUAGAAAGACUGACAGAAGAAAGGGAGAGAGUGCUGCAGGAAGAAACUAAUGCCACCAUUGCAGCCAUUGAUGCCAUGAGGAAAGCCCAUAAGGAAGAAAUGGACAAGACUCACAAGGCCCUGCAGAAUGGAGCCAGCGUGGACAUCCGCCAGCUUCGUGUACAAUACAACGAGGAGCUUGAAUCAUUGCAUAGAGAACUGGAGGUGUUAUCUGAGCAGUAUUCUCAGAAAUGUCUUCAAAACGCUCUUUUAACCCAAAAUAUGGAGGCUGAAAGGGAGGCGUUGAGCAUCAUGCAGAGAGAGAACCAGGAGCUUCACACUCACAACCGGGAGUUAAACGAGUGUCUGGCUGCCGAAUUAUCGCUGAUGCAUUCACGCAUGAAUGGGGAUGUGAAACACACUCAGUCCUCUCAGGAGAAAGAGGUUUAUCAGCUGGAGGUAAAUUUGAGGGUGAAGGAAUCUGAGAUCAAGUGUUUGAAACAGGAGAUCAGCUCACUUAAGUUGGAGCUACAAGCAGCAAUUAUGCAUUUUAAAGAGUUACAGACUGAACUAAGUGCAUUAGGAGUCAAAACCCAAAGUGACUUCACUAAAUUCAGAAUGGAACCAACCAGAAAGCAGAGUUUAAAUUAUGAUCUGAUGAAAUCCAGGAGUAACCCAGACUUUAUCAAGGACUGUUCUUCAUCUGCACUCUCGCAAACCAUCAGAUCCAAGAGUCUGAAGGAUGGACUCACUGUUCUGGAGAAGAUGAAGCUCUUUGAAUUAACUGAGAGACAAAAAAUUUGAGUGUGUGUGUAUGUUUGUGACAAUUUUAGUGUUUUAUGUGGGUUAAAUUAUUUAAAUGUAUUUCUUAAUAACACAGUGAAUUAUUAUUAUUAUUAUUAUUAUACCUUUAGUCACAGGUGGUGUGUGCGCGCGUUUGUUUGUGUGUCAGUCAUUUUAAUUGUUCUGUUACAUUGCUACAUUAGAUGCAUUCACAAUAGAACAGAUUUUUGAUAUGAGGUUGUCUCUCUAAAAUCCUAAGCAGUUUGUUUAUAUUUUUAUGUUAAUGUUUUUUUGCCUCAGUUUAAAAUUGAGGACCAGUUUGAUUUACUUCAUCUUUGUUUAUGAAUAAAGUCAAGCAUUUUCUGUCUUUAACCACAUGUCUGUGUAACUGAUUUUGCUACAGUAUAGUUUAGGUGUUGUGUCCUGCUUAUAAUUGCUGUAGUGUUUAUUUCUAUGGACCAUAUAGGCACCACUGACAUUUAGCAGGUCAUUAAUGAAUAUUUAUAUCAAG